AUGGGUGAAAAUCGUUCAUUGCGUUUAACUGGUUUAUUUUACAGCUGGGUCUUUCCUGUAAUAAACAAAGGAAGAAAGCAAAUUUUAAAAGAAAAGGAUUUACACGGAGCCUCGCAAUAUCACACCUCAGAGUAUCUUGGGAAUCAGCUUCAAAAAGAAUGGAAAAAGGAAUUGCAGAAGAAACAUCCGAGCAUACUGAAAGCUGCCUUACGUUUUGUUGGUUGGAAGUACUCGAUUGUAAUACUACUUGUACUAAUUCAGGAAACAGUUGUAGUUACAGGUCAAGCAUAUUUUGUAGGAUCAACAGUACGUUAUUUCGAAAACAGACAGGAAUGGAAUCACUACAAUGUUUAUGUUACAAUUGCAGGAUUUUUUGCUACUACUGCGAUUUAUACGUUUACGCACAAUACUAAUCUGUUUAUGACAGAAUAUUAUUCAAUGAAACUGAAAGUAGCUUUCUGCACUCUUAUUUAUAGAAAGGCAAUUAGGUUAAGUUCUUCUUCUCUGGAAAAAUCAAAUGUGGGACAAAUGGUAAAUCUUCUAGCAAAUGAUGUUGGCAAAUUCCAGAAUAAAGUUUACUCCGUUGCAUAUAUAUUUACAUCGCCUUUCUUCAUCAUUUUUUCGAUACUGAUGUUAUGGCAAUAUUAUGGAUGGACUAUUUUAAUGGGAUAUCUGGUAGUAUUUCUCUUCGUUCCUAUACAAUUUGCUUUGAGUAAACUAUAUUCAAAAUUGAGAUUACAAGCAGCUAUUUUGGCAGACGAAAGAUUGAAUUUGUUGAACGAGAUGAUUGCUGAUAUGAAAUUAAUUAAAAUGUACACCUGGGAAUUGCCAUAUGCUGCAUUAAUAGAAAAAAUCAGGCUGAAAGAAAUGAAAUCAAUUCGAAUGUUCUUAUAUGUAAGUGGAAUAUCAUACAUAUGUGCAUAUCCAAUAUCAAAAUUAUUUACUCUUCUGUCAUUUGUCGCAAUUUUUUUAAAUGGAGGAGAAUUAAAUGCCAAAAUUGUGUUCGUCACAAUGCUUUAUUCCGUGUACAUUUUCAACAUCAUUAUUAGUAUAUUUUCUCAGGCAAUGGGUUUUGUUGCAGAAAUAUUGGUUUCAUUGAAAAGGAUACAGGGUUUCCUACUCCUUCAUGAAAAAGAGAAUAAUGCUGUCAAAACUGCAGAAAAAGAAAAAGAUAACGUAAAUGAAAUACGCAUGGAUAGUCUCAACGCUGCAUGGAAAAAAGGAACGGAACCAACGUUGAAUGGGAUAUCUUUAAAUAUGCAACCUGGAGAAUUAUUACUUGUUGUCGGUCACGUUGGAUCAGGAAAGUAUUUUCGAUAUCUAGUAUGGCGUUAUGUUACCAGUAACUUGAAUUUGUUGGGAAAGUCAUGUGUCACAAACAAGUUCGGAGAAAGUUCUCAUUGA